AUGCUUAUCUUUGGUAAGCCCGUGGGUACCCAGUUUUCUGGCAGUCUCAUGCCUAUGGGUACCAGCUUUCUGCUGCAGUCUCGUAGUAGGGCCGAAGUAUUUUGUUUAAGAAAAUCUUUUCAUAUGAAUACGCAAGAAUAUUUGUUUAACUGA